CGGCGAGAUGGCACCAUGCCAGGUCCGAGCCCACCCUUCAGUAGGGUUUUAUCUCUUCUCGCGUUGCCCACCACCUAGACUCCUCCUCCCCUCACACUCCCUCCCAUCGCCGCCGCCGCCGCCGCCGCUCGCCUUGCAAGAUGGCGGUGCCUAUCCUGAAGACGGCGAUCGUGAAGAAGCGGGUGAAGCACUUCAAGAGGGCGCACAGCGACCGCUACAUCGGCCUCAAGCAAAGCUGGCGCAGGCCAAAGGGUAUCGACUCCCGCGUCAGGCGGAAGUUCAAGGGAUGCACCUUGAUGCCCAACAUUGGAUAUGGUUCUAACAAGAAGACGAGGCACUACCUGCCCAACAAGUUCAAGAAGUUUGUGGUGCACAACGUCUCUGAGCUGGAGCUGCUUAUGAUGCACAACAGGACGUACUGUGCUGAGAUCGCGCACAACGUGUCCACCCAGAAGCGCAAGGCGAUAGUGGAGCGUGCCGCCCAGCUCGACGUCGUGGUCACCAACAAGCUCGCCAGGCUCCGCAGCCAGGAGGAUGAGUGAAAUGUUUCAAACAGUAGCACUUUUGGAUCAUUUUGUUCCGUUCCCUGUAGUAGACUUAAUGCCGAAUCUGGAGUUUUCUUCUCUGUUCGCCUUGUUGAUUCGACGCUGUUGAACACCUUGCUAUCGAUGCUGGUCAUGCUCUCGUACUAUAAGCACAUCGACUUUGACGUGAAGUCCGGGUUGCCUUUAAUCAUCAGCUAUGGAAAGAUUUUCUGGGCCGCUUUUCAA